AUGGUUCCUUCACACGACGACUAUUUCAUAACGACUAUUUUUUUUUGGCCUAUUUUUUUUAGCCUAUUUGUUUUUGGCCUAUUUUUUUUUGGCCUAUAUUUUUUGGGCCUAUUUUUUUUUUUGGCCUAUUUUUUUUUGGCCUAUUUUUUUUGGCCUAUUUUUUUUAGCCUAUUUUUUUUACCUAGCCUCAUUCAUGAAGCUGCUGAGAGGACUAGAACCUUAUUGAGAAACAGAGACUUUUUCUUCCGCGAUUAA